AUGUUGAGCCCAAGCUCCGAGUCAGAGUACGAAAGCGACGGAUGGGUAUCCAGGAAGAAUAUGCACGACGAGCUGUGUACUCGCCAGAGGGCUUAUGCCGAAGCAACCGACAAAGCCAGAGAUGAGUAUCGCAAGGCGAGGGCGGCGGAGAAGCGACUUUCCCUUUGGUCAGAAGCGCAGUUUGUUGACAAUGUUUUGCGGCGAUAUACACGCAAGAUGAAAGACUUACUCCCUUCCACCCAAGACUUGACCACAGGAUCGCCUAACCCGGGUGAUCCCUUUGGAAACCACACGGGGCUUGUAGAAAUGGACGUAAGAAGAAAAGCCCAAGACCAUUACCAAAAGUUGGGGACGUCAAUGUUUUCAUUUGCGGCUGAGGAAGCGGCCGCACGAACGGUGGUAUCAGGACUUGUGAGGGAGUUCGUUCAGUCGCGCGUCCGCCAUGGUCCGUUUGCUGUUCCUUUCGAAAUGAGACAAAGGCAAACGAGAAAGGGGGAGAUCAAGGGUGAUUCGUUGCUGCAUGAUCUGCCAGGACUAGCCCCCAGUAGGGAUCAAGCAAGUAAUGCGGUGUCUUCCGAGCGACAGAAAACAGAGAUGAAACUAGGGCGCAGACCAAGGCCACAGCGUGGGGGGGAAACUGAUGAUGAUCAAGUCGAUGCUCACAUCAAUGACGAGCGUCAACCCUGUUAUGGCAAAUACACUCCUUCGCAGACAAGAUACAGAACGACUUUUGUUCCUCCGCCUAUUCAACCCACUGCCAGGGGAGAUGACAAGGCCGUUGAACGCAUCGAUGACACCACCAUCAAGCACGCAACAAACGUACACACUUUGACUCCGUUACCAAAUUUACUAAAGGAUCCAAGGUCCGCUCCUCAAAACAAUGAGGGAGCCCAACAGGAACCGCACACCUCAUCCACCGAUUGUUCCAACUGUCCCUUUUUCCCACAGGCUGCUCCGGACAUCGAGCAACCUCCCAAUCUAUACCCACCAAUAGCUCAAUUGUCCACAAUUAUAUUCGUGACGCCACCCACACCCAACUCUAGUAUCAAACAGAGCGAAAUCAGCUCCAAGACACCAGCUAUGGAGAAGUGGAAGAAAGGCUCGUCUCACAAGCCCUGCUAUGUAGAGUAUGGUUCAGAGGUGCUCUACUCGCUGGGUGCACAUUUAAAUAUUCAUCCAAGGCUAGUCAGAGGAGGGGACGAUCCCAUUAUCGUGGACUUCUCUCAGCCAAGGAGUGAUGCGCUGCUCCGGAAGAAAGAUCGCAGGCAGUGGGAUGACGAAACCUUAAAGGACUUGGCUACUUAUCCUGGUGUGCAGAAGCUGACAUUGUUGUCGGAGAAGAUGAGCAAGCCCAUCAGGGUUGAAAAUCAUGAUGGAGUUACAGUCGAAGACGUGCUGAAUCACCUACACGAAAUUUUCCAGCAAAGAGUAUCAGCAAAAACUAUAGAUAAAUGGUCGAAGGAACAAAAAGAAAUGGUUGAGAAUGCGUAUCAAGCAAAUGUUGCAAGCGCACCACAUGAUGUUCCCCAACGCUACCGACACGUCGAUAUGCUUCUCUCCGAGCCAUUGUUCGAUGGGCUGCACUCCGACAGUGAAUACACCAAGUGGGCCAUGAGUCGUCCCGAUAUCGCUGCAUUGGUGGGCUCUUCGCCGGAAGCCACAAAGAACGGUGUCUCUGCCAAUAUCAAGGAGACUUAUCUCCAACUGUUACCGCGCGACAUCCUCGUGGGCUUGGUUUUGUCGCUGGAUCGCGACCGUAAUGCCACGAUUUGGCCGGUCGAUCUACCGGGUGCCGUCAAAACCUUACGAGAAAUAGCCGCCCGAAAGGAAGCUGCUCAAAAAAGUAUUCCUGAAGGGACUUCACCCCCCAAUAUUGCUCAUUCACCCAUUCCCCUACUACCCCAUCUGUCGCAAACACCUAAUGCCUCCAUUCCACCGCUAGCUCAUCUCCCUCAAAUUCCACCUGGGGCACUUCCUCCUCACGCGGGUCAUAUGACGCCCCACCCUGGGUUAGCCUACCCAACCGCUGGCUACAUGAUGAUGCCUUAUGGAGCUCCGAUGCCCCCAGCAAGGACUGCUCGCAAUGCGACAGGACGCCCUCCCAACGGCCCAGGCACAGGCUCUAUUCCAUCUUAUGAGGAAAUGAUUGUGCAAGCUCUUACCGAGAUAUCUGACCCUCAAGGAGUCCAGCCAAAAGUUCUAAAGUUGCCUUCCAGCCACUGGCCAUUGAUGACUAACUUCCGACCUUCCGCCUCCCAAGCUUUGCAGAAGGCAUUUAAAAGAGGCCGCCUUCAGAAAGUUGGUACUAACUAUCGACUCAAUCCUGGGUGGUCUGGAGGCAGUACAUCGAAACGUACAAAUCGCCGCCCGCAAAGAAUGGAUGAAGACACUGCUGCAUCAAACCCCUCACAGUCAUCGUCAGCGAACAACACUUCACUAUGGAAUCUACCAACAUCUUUACCAUUCCCUUAUGGUCCCCCAUCACAACCACAACCCGGAAACAACCCCUAUCAGCCCCUAUCGCGGACAGCGGCUACGGUAGCCUCCAGCAGAAUCCCUACCAGCCAAGUGCGCCCUAUUUCUAAAGAGGAAGAUCAAGAUGAUACGGAUACACAUCGCGAGGACGAACGGCGAACGUCAGCCUCGGAAAAUGUCAGGUCUGCCCCGCCGCAGCCCCCCUCGGAUAACUUCUCCUUGCGGCAAAACUUAAGGACGCUCGCAAAGCUUCUAAGGGAAAGUAUGGUGUCGCAGGUGAAACAGGAGACAUAA